ACAAUCUUUGUAAUUAUGUUAAUUUUUAUAUAAUUAUAUAAUUAUUAACAUAAUGAUAUCAAUCUUCUAGAAUGAACGUUACUUCCGAACAAAAAAAGAUUUUACUUGACUGGAUGAAAUUGCAUCCGGAGGUAGCCAGAGGAAGAAUACGACAAAAAGGAGAAAGUAAAAACAAAAUGAAAGAAUUGUUGGAGGAUAUGGCAAAUACUAUAAACAUAGUCAACAAAGGUCCCAGUAAAUCUAGUUCCGAAUGGUUUAAGACAUGGAAAGACUGGAAAAUGUAUGUUUUAAAGAAAGAAACAAAACGAAGAAAUUAUGUGUCAGGAACAGGUGGAGGAUCUCCAAUAAAAAUAGAUUUAUCUCUUUUAGAAGAAGAAUUACUAGACUUUGUUACACCAGAAGCAGCAGGUUUAGAAAAUAUUCCACAAGGAGGGCUAAAUUUAUAUCAAAACGCAAGUUCUGAGGAAACAAUGUUUUCUCAUAAUCUGCAUGAUAUACAUGACACACAUCCACAACCAUAUAAAAAUAAUUUGCCACUGUGUAAAAGACCAUAUACAAGCAAUGAAAUGUCAUACAAUUUUAAGGGAUCAGAAACUAAAUCCAUGUCGGCUGAAAUGAUUGAUAUUCAAAAAGAAAAGCUGCUUUUAAAAAAAGAAGAACUACUUAUUCAAAAGCAAUGUUUGGAAGUGCAACGAUCAGCAUUGACUGAAUUACGACAAAUAAGAAGUACAAUAGAGACGUCAAAGUCUUUUCAAGAAAAGUGAUAAAAACUUUCACGGUUUAUUAAAAAGUGUUUAAAAAAUCAAAAGUGUU